AUGAAUGUAUGGUCGUUGCCCUACGGAUAUUCUCCGGCGCCCCGUGUAUUACCAGAUUUUCCCUCGUCUAUGAUCAUUGUCACCUGGAACGUAAACUUCAUGGCACCUGUUGUGGAGAGGCUGCGCUGCGCACUUGAACAUAUGCGACGUAUCGUCCUACAAUCGCCGUUAUCGUAUCCUCACCCUUGUUGUAUUCUUCUCCAGGAAGUAAUGGGUCCAGGUUUCCAAACUCUUUUGUCUACGGAUUGGAUCCAAAACUACUUUUCGGUCAUUCCACAGUCAGAAGCGACAGAUGAAAAUGGAUAUGGAUGUGUUACUUUGAUUUCGAACAAUAUACCCCUCGUCGGAGCUUGGUCGCUUCCCUUUCCAUCGGAAAUGAGCAGAAGUGCCAUAUUGACGGACCUACUUUUCGCUUCAGGCCCUGGUCGCCCGCCGGUGAAAGUGCGAGUGGCUAAUGUCCACCUCGAAUCCCUUUCAUCUGGCGCUAGGGCCAGAUCUAUCCAGCUGAAUCUUACUGCCGAAAGACUGCGCGAUAUCGGCGUCGACUUUGGCAUUGUAGGCGGUGAUAUGAACGCGAUCUCUGAUUCGGACAGGGCCCUUCCUGAGGCCUGCGGAUUAGUAGAUUCAUGGAAGGGAGCAGAUAAUGACGAAAGUGGAUUCACAUGGGGAUAUCAACCUACCAGCAGAUUUCUACCUGGCAGGUUGGACAAAAUAUGUCAUACACUGCCGCAGUCACUCAGUUUGACCCUUGACGUUCCUCGUCAAAUUGGAGUCAACUUGAAGACCCCGGCCGGUAGAUGGGUCAGCGACCACUAUGGACUAGCAACAGUUUUCACACUCGAUGGAUCGUAUGACGCUUCUUCGAGGCUAACACCUCGUUUCCAUUCCUUCUGCUGA